GGAGUUCCCCGUACUAGCCCCCUCACCAAGCCCCUCCGUAUAGCCAACAUACCCCACUUGUUUGCAAGAUUUGUGGUCUCAGACACCUGUCCUCUUAAUCUACUAGGUGCAGAUGUCCUUUCUAGACUCCAGGCCUCAAUCAAAUUCAGUCAGGAUGGUACUGUAUCCAUCUCAUCCCCUCUGGAGGCUGAUGAUGUAUCUGCUCUGUGUUCUCUUCCGAUUAUGUUGGCUCUUCAACAAACUCCCACCCAUGCCAUCCCACCAGAGGUGCUUGCCCGUAUCCCAGAAAGUCUUUGGUCCACUGGUCCAGAAGACAUUGGUAAACUUAGAAUUCCUCCUGUUAUGGUUACUCUUAAGCCAGGAGCUCCACUGCCUAGGAAACCCCAGUAUCCACUCAAGAUUGCCCAAUCAGAAGCCAUCUCAAAACAAGUUCAGACACUUGUUAAUAAAGGGGCUCUUAUCCCAUGCACCUCCCCCUGUAACACGCCCCUAUUCCCAAUUAAAAAGAAGACUGCAAAGGGGGAACCUGAAAAGUACCGGAUGGUCCAGGAUCUCAGAGCUGUGAAUGAAGCCACAGUGCUGGAAACUCCUAUUGUGCCUAAUCCUCACACUCUGCUGUCAAAAGUACCUCCAACUGCUAAAUACUUCACUGUUGUUGAUUUAAGCAAUGCAUUCUUCAGUAUUCCUCUAGAUCCCAGCUGCUGGUAUCUGUUUGCCUUCACCCAUGAAGGACAGCAAUACACUUGGACUGUCAUGCCCCAAGGGGCUCAGAACUCACCUAGCCAAUUUGCUAAAGCCAUGACUCUAAUCCUAUCCACCUGGCAAGAACAGAACCCAUCCGUAGUGCUUAUCAGCUAUGUGGAUGAUCUUCUGUUAUGUGCUGAUGACCUCACAUCUGCAGAAAAGCACUCUGAGAGUCUCCUCUGCUAUCUAGCAGAUCAAGGCUGCAAGGCCUCAAAGCAAAAGCUACAGUGGUGUGCCACUUCAGUUGUCUUUCUUGGUCACUGUAUUUCACAAGGCACAAGACACCUUACGCAGGACAGGAUCAAAGCCAUACAGGCUAUACCUGUGUCAACAAAGCCUAAGGAUUUACAUGCUUUUCUUGGACUAAUUUCUUAUUGCAGGUCCUGGAUCCCAGAAGCCUCUCUAUUGAUGCAACCUCUCUACGAUGUUUUGAAGACGGAUCCCUUCGACCUCUCACAGGAGGCUAUCUCAAGCUUCCACAAUCUCAAGGCGGCCAUCUCUACAGCACCUGCACUUGGCCUGCCAGACUACGACAAACCUUUCAAACUCUUUGUCUCUGAGAGACAAGGGCAUGCCACUGGUGUCCUGGCCCAGUCUCAGGGCAACAAGACACGACCUAUCGGAUACUACUCUUGCAGACUUGAUGCUGUAGCCAGAGGAGGUCCCUCAUGUCUCAGAGCUGUCUUUGCUGCACAAGCAUUGCUGGACAAAACAUCUGACCUAGUUCUUGGUCAUGAUCUCAUCCUCCUGGCUCCUCAUGACAUCUCUGCAAUCCUUAACCAGACUCAACCAAAGCACCUCUCUACAGCAAGACACCUCAGACUGCAGUGCUCACUCUUGAUCCCUGAUAAUGUCACCCUACUGAGAUGUAAUGUUCUCAAUCCUUCCACCCUGCUUCCACUUCCUGAGGGGGGAGAUGAGGAGGGUGAUGGGGAGAAUCAAGGUGAAGAGGUUAUGGGUGAUCACCCCCAUGACUGCUUUGAGCUGAUGAAAAUGGAAACAACUCACUUACCAUCUGUAAGUGAAAACCCACUGCCAAAUCCAGACCUUAUCCUCUUUGUGGAUGGCUCAAGGUUUGCAGAUGAACAUGGAAAAUACCACACAGGAUAUGCUGUCACUACAGAGGACACAGUUCUAAAAGCGGAGGCUCUCCCUCCAACAGUGUCAGCACAGGAAGCUGAACUGCAAGCCCUUAUCAUGGCAUGCAAAUUGGCCGAAGGCCAGACAGCGAACGUAUACACGGACUCCUCCUAUUCUUUUGGAGCCGCCCACAAUUUUGGCCUCCUGUGGAAAAAUAGGGGCUUCCUGACAGCAGCAGGGACCCCAGUAAAACACGGCAAGGCCCUUAAAGACCUAAUGGAUGCCUUGCUCCUCCCAACGGAAGUAGCAGUUCUGAAAGUGAAGGCCCAUGGAAAAUUGAACUCUAAAGAAGCAAAAGGCAACAACCUGGCAGACUCUGCAGCCAAACAAGCGGCUAGGAAUUUACAGGAAGUGGAGAGCAGAGUGGAGGAUACACCUACAUUGGCCUUACAGACCCUACCAGUGGAAAGAUCCCAGUUGAAGGUAUUGCAGGAGGCAGCAAGUCCUGAAGAAAAGAACAUAUGGAAGCAAAAAGGAGCUGUGCUGAACAGGAAUGGCCUAUUUGAAAAUGACAGGAAACCAUGCCUACCAAAGAGUAUGUACCCAGCAGUGGUACAGUGGGCACAUGGAGCAGCCCACUUAUCAAAGACUCUUAUGAAUGCUCUAAUUCAAAAGUACUACACAGCACCAGGAAUUACACCACUAACAGACAACUACUGCAAAUCCUGUGCCAUUUGUGCUAAGUGCAAUCCAGGACGCAUGGAGAAGACACCCCAGAAGCAUUUGGCAAGAGCCCAAUACCCAUUUCAAAGGAUACAAAUUGACCACAUACAGAUGCCAAAGAGUGGAAGAUUUGAAUAUGCCCUUGUGGUAGUCGACAUGUUCUCAGGAUGGCCAGAAGCCUACCCAACUGCCAACAUGACAGCCAAGACAACAGCUAAAAAGCUUCUGAAUGAAGUAGUGUGCCGAUAUGGAGUACCAGAAGUCAUAGAAAGUGACCAAGGACCUGCCUUCACAGCUACAGUCACCAAGGAAAUCUGGUCUGCCCUAGGAGUCACUUUAUCCUUUCACACUCCCUACCAUCCCCAGAGUAGUGGCAAAGUGGAGAAAAUGAAUGGUACUCUUAAGACCCGAAUGCUGAAGAUGUCUCAAGAGACUGGUUUACCCUGGCCUGAUAGUCUACCCAUUGCCCUCUAUAGCGUCAGGUACACCCCUAGGGGGGAACACUCUCUAUCUCCCUAUGAAAUUUUGUUUGGCACUGCCCCCAGACUAGGGUGUUAUCAUCCUCAGCAGCUACAAGUACAAUCUGAUGCACUUACUAAUUAUGUGACCGCAUUGUCUAGGGAGUUGACUAAAAUACAUGCUCGAGUGUUUUCUUCUCUUCCAGAUCCUGAAGCAGUUACUGGGACUCACAGGCUAUUACCUGGUGAUUGGGUAUUAGUGAAAAGAUUCGUGAGAAAGAAUUCUCUUGAGCCCAGAUUUGAUGGUCCGUUUCAGGUUCUGCUGAUCACAUCUACCUCAGUCAAGGUGGGAGGCAAAAAUACUUGGAUCCACGCCUCCCACUGCAAGAAAGUGCCGCCACCAGACGAAGAAACCAGUCCGACUCAAUCAUGAGUAUCCUACACUGCAUCAUGCAUAUCCUUUGUAUAAUAUUAACAACAGUAGGCAAACGCCGCCCAGAUAUUGCCAUAACUAACAAAAAUGGGAUAGUACAAUUUUGGUUUAACUCUGAAAACACUACUACAGCAUCAUAUGUCUUUGAUGCUUGUACAAUACUACCCUGCCCAAAGGGUGCCACUAGAACAUAUAAAUGGUAUCAUGAGGCAUAUGGGGAGGGAUAUAUAUGUGUCACUGGAGGAGAAUGGGGGGAAGAUUGCAACUCCUGGGUAGCAGCCGCAUGGAAUUCCGGUCCCUCAUGGGGUUACAAACCUAAAAAUUCAGUGGCCACAAACAGUAAGGACAAAGAAGGCAGACCGUUAUCAGAACGUAUGAAAUUGGUUAAAAUAGGCCCUAGUAUGCGGCUUUCAUUAAC